AUGCCUCGCCGGCAUCUGGCUCCUCGCACAGCGCCACCUAGUCAAGUCGCCUCCGCUCCACGACCGAUCCUCACGCUGCGCACCCAAAUUGGAGACGACGGCGGUAGAAGCGAUGUUGAUGCCAACGCUGUGGUCGAGACCGAUCUCCAAGCCAUCCUCCCAAGUUCAGCACCGCUAAAAGUAGUGCGCCUUGAUCAAGCCUCUAAACACACCGUGGAUGGAGAACAUGCGAGUGUUCCUACACCAAGACAUGAUGCGGACAGCGUGCCAAACCCAUUUCACAAGUUGCCCCUUGAGUUGAUGUGGAACAUCGCCCUACAGAUUGAAGACGAUGCAGAUUUGUGCAACUUUCAAUUGAGCUUCCGCGACGCAGACAUCACGGUGAAAAGCGAUAAAUUCUGGAAGCAACGUUUCAUGACAAAGUUUGAUCGUCCACGGGUCGGCAGCUUCAUCAAAGGCGACGCCCAGUUUGAAGAUCAAUACAAGAAGAGGCGAGAGGUCCUCCGGAACAAGCCGCUCUUUCUUCUGGGAAACAGAAAACGAGAAAUUCAGUGUUUGGCUGUGCUGCGUGACAUGAUCCUCGACUCCUAUUCCCACCGAAACGGUAGCUCCAAGAACAUCCACGAUCACAUUGUCACGUUCCAACAUGACUGCAACUUGCUCAAGGGCAUCUUCGGCUCCAACUACAUGCCACGUGCCACCAGCGAGUCGGAUAUCGCUCGAGUCAACGCAAAUCCGGUCAUGCGAAUGCUCCAGGUCCUUCUGGCGCCCAGCUUGCUCGAUCCUCGUCCUUUUGACCCCGAGAAUGAGCCACACAUUGCCGAUUACCCGCGAUCACAGUACAUGGCUUAUUCGAGUGUUCGCCAGCAGCCGAUAUUCAUCGGCUGCAGUGGCCUGGAUGUUAAUUUCACAUGGACACUACAUCAGCUGAACUUCUGGCGCACUCACUUGCUCUCUCCGCAAGAGGCCACACUAAACUACUGCUAUUCCCUGCUCGAGGACCAUGAGAGGCCGCGAUUCUGGCAGAGACAACUGGAGCAUGCCGUUGCCCCUUGCAUGGACAGAAAGUGGAAGGGAGCAUAUGGUUUUGUCACUGAGGAUGAGGUGCUGACCAUCAGAAGUCUCAGUGGCGAGCAUGAACACAUCCAGGAUGAAUUCAGCGGAGACGAAGUACAUGGAGAUCUUCAAGACCUCACUCUCGACGUGACAGAGGCUGGUGCAGAGUCUUGGUCCCCGGUCUUUGAGGAUAUUCUGCGUUCCCUGGCGAAACCACAACGCAAGAUGCGCACUCGGGCACAAAAGUCCAGCGCAAUGGCUCAGGAGAACCCAGAGUUGCGUUCCUUCCGCUUUGGAGGCGCAGGUGAAGACCAAGAGCAGAACUUCCUCGCUGAUGGUUGGUUCAAUUCUCUUCCGCCGCAGAUGGGAGUGCCAGGUUGGCAGCGUAUGACCAUGAUGAAGUACUUCAUCGAAGAUGACACGAACGAGAUCGACUAUGAGUCUCUGUGGGCAUACGAAGGAGUCGUGCUGCCAGGCGGCCAGAUCAUCAUUGGUCGCUGGUGGAGUCCAACCAAUAUCAUCGAGGGAGAAGCAUACUCUGGUCCCUUCCUUCUCUGGUGCGUGGAUCAGAAGCAAGACACCUUGAAUGAAGACCCAUGA